AGUAUCGGUAUAGGCUAUAAGUUAACGUGCAGACAGACAUCACUGAAAACGAAGCCCAUACAAUUUUAUUUUAAGCGAAAAAGAGACGAGGAGAAAGAGGAAUCCGGCGAGGGGGAUUCGCAAGGUUCAACUAAUGAAGCCUCUUCACAAGGUUUACCUGAGGUGGCUAACGUUGACAUGGCGGCUAACGUUAGGGAUGCAGAGAACAACGUUAGCGAAGCUACCAUGACCCCCGCUGUCACUUCAACAUCCACUGUAGCCGGUGGAGGGAGAACAUAUAGAAUCAAUGCGAAUUGGCUCAAAAUGUUCCCAUGGCUAGAGUUCGAAAACAACGUCAUGUUCUGCGAAUAUUGUAGAGGGCAGAAACAGGUGGGCAACUCGUCCUUCGUGUCAGGAAACCCGCAUCUGAAAAGAGAUAGCGUAGCGAAACAUAACAUCUCGCGGUGGCAUAUCCAGUGCAGAGAUCUGUACCUGUCGAGACAGGAGAAACCAUCAGGCAUGGUGUCAGGAGCCUUGAGGAGACAAGUGCUGCUGUCUGAGGAGGAGAAGAGGAGGCAGCUGAAAAUAAAGAUAGACAUUGCAUACUUCAUUGCGAAAGAAGAAGAACCUUUCGUCAAAUUUGGGCCACUUAUUAGACUCCACCACAAAAACGGAGUUGACAUUGAUCCCACAUAUGACAAUGAUGUAAGAUGUGCGAAGAUGAUCGGUCAAAUUGCUGACAUUAUGAGAGAGAGCCUGUCAGCGAAGCUGAAAGCUGUGAAAUAUCUUGCCGUUCUAAUAGACGGAGACACUGAUAUAUCCAACACCGAAUGCGUGAUUGUCUACGUACGCUUGUUGGAGGAUGGGAAGCCAGUCAAUCUCCUGGUCGGACAACAGACCCUUGAGUACUCCCAUGCCACUGACUACAGCUGGCAAUACUGACCAUUCAGAAGA